AUGGCAAAAGUCUGGCUAAUCACCGGCUGCUCGCGCGGUCUCGGCCGCGCCCUCGCCGAGGCCGUCCUUGAGUUAGGCGAUCUCCUCGUCGCCACCGCGCGCGACCCGUCCUCGCUCCACGACCUCGUCACCCGCUACGGGCCCUCCCGAGUCCUCGCCACCCGCCUCGACGUCACCGACCCGUCUUCCGCCGCGGCCGCCGUCACCGCCUGCACCGCCACCUUUGGCCGGCUCGACGUGCUCGUCAACAACGCCGGAUACGCCGCCGCCGCCGCCGCCGUCGAGGACACGUCGCUCGCGUCCUUCCGCGCACAGGUCGAGGCCAACUUCUUCGGCGUCGUCCACGUCACCAAGGCCGCGCUGCCGACGCUGCGCACGCAGGAUGGCGGCGGGCGCAUCAUCCAGGUCUCGUCCGUGGGCGGGCGCGUCAGGUCGCCGGGCCUCGCGGCGUACCAGAGCAGCAAGUGGGCGGUAGGCGGCUUCUCGACGGUGCUGGCUGCGGAGGUGGCGCCGCUGGGCGUGCACGUCACGGUGCUGGAGCCGGGCGGCAUAAGACGGACUGGCUCGCGGGCAUGGGCGUGGCGCCGUUCAGCGAGCCGUACCGCGCGACGGUGCAGGCGCAGCGUGCCGGAGCCGCCGCUGAGGAUGCUCUUGGGGGAGGACGCGGUAGAGAUUGGGAAGAUGGCAGCCAAGAACUUGGCUGCGUCGGAUGAGAAAUGGGAGCAGGUGGCCAGGCUGAAGCUCUAG